AUGGAAGUAGCCUACCAAGUGAAUAGGCGAAAAGCCUGCGACUUAUGUUUCUUCAAGAAGAUCAAAUGCGAUAUGCUUGAGCCAACCUGUUCCAACUGUCGGCUUUACAAGGCAGAAUGCUGCACUACGCGAGCGCGGAAACGAUUUAAAUCCGCUCAGCCACAGCCAGCAGAGCUGCCUUGCUCACCAGUAGCUCCUGAUCACGCCGCCAUGGCCAGUCAAGAUGGGACGAGGCGAAUCGAAAGCAUUGAAUCGAGGCUUGCUCGCAUGGAGGAACGGAUCGAACAAAUUUUUGGUGCUGUGACUGCGGCUACUACCCAAUCUCAAGAGACACCAUCUCUGGUGACUACAGCACUGUCACCAUUUCCAGUGCCAAAUCAGCUGCCCGACCAGCCCCUAACUCAUUUUGACAAUGAUUUUACCGGCGUUUUGAGUCAGCUCUCUAGUGUGACUCACCCAGUUGAUUUGGCUGCAUCUGAAACCCUUAUGUCUGACACGAAGUGGACCAACUCAUAUCCUCACCUCCCGCCCUUUGAGGAAAUUCAGCCCAUCAUAGAACACUAUUUCACCCACAUAAACUCAUUGAUGCCGCUCUUCUCGCAAACAACAUUCCUCCGCAAGCUACAUGACUAUUACGCAUCUGAGUGUCAAAAUCCUCGAAAGACAUGGGCUGCAAUAAAUAUCGUGCUGGCGCUGGGCACUCGCUUGCCCACUUCUCCUUCUGAUGAUCUCGAUUUACAAAAUGAAGAUGGCCAAGCGGCUAAGUAUGUCAGCAAUGUUCAAUCAGUCCUCUCAGAGUUGGUUACUCGAGACGUGGACUUGCUUAGCUUGCAGGUUAUCCUAGGACUAGUCAUCAUUUUCAACAGCCUGAAAGAUUCAAGUCCUGCAGUGGUGCUUAUUGGGACGGCAAUUCGCCUCGCCCACCGUCUGCACCUCCACAGUCGAGAUCACCAACAUAACAGCCCUGAUGAGGUCCUGCAGCGCAGCCGUGUCUUUUGGAUUGCCUACCUGUUUGAUAAGGAUAUAUGUAUCCGCCAUCAUACGCCAUCAGUUCAAGCCGACGAUGACAUCGACCUAGACCUCCCAACUGACAUGCCUCCUGACGGAGCUGGGAACGUUUACGCCAAAGAUGGCCGUUUCUUAGUCAAUUUCUUCCGACUCCGGCUGCGAUUGGCGCAUGUUCAAGGCCAAGUAUAUGAUCAACUCUUCUCUACUCGGGCCUCCAAGAUCACGCCACAAGAACGCCAAAGACGCGUUGCUCUCCUCCACAACCAGCUGGAGCGCUGGAGAUUGACAGUGCCGCCCGAGCUGCAGGCAGAUGUUGUAACUGAGCACGCCAACCGCACAGCAAUUUUCUGGCUCUGUAUGACGCACUUCUCGUAUCUUGGAUGUCUAGUUAUGAUUCACGGGAUGUGGAGUCACGAUGCCGAGUGGCGGAAGCGUCUGAAGCCCUCAACCUUUGGAAGUGACGAUAUAGACCGCCCCAGAUCGCUUCCACCCCUCCCUGGGGGCUGGAAAUACUGCGUCCAUAUGAGCAGGCACUGCAUGAUGCUGAUGUGUCGGGCUCCCUUGAGCGAUUGUAGCAUAUGGACGAAUGGAUGUGCCUAUUUCUCGGCCUUGAUUAUUAUUCUGGCCAACCUCCUUGAGAAUCCCAUGCACAAGGCAGUGGACGAUGACUUACGACUCACACACUAUGCCGUCGGAAUAUUUGACAGGAUGAGUGAUGCGUCCAGCAUUGUGCAAAUGAAGCGUCUGAAUGUAGUUGCUGCCGAGCUGGAUCGUCGCGCGAGGCUGGUCGUCAAGCACGUACGGCAGUUCAUCGCGGUGAAUGGGUCUCCUCCGUUAGAAAGACACUACCACCGCGAGAUCGAUCAAGGCUCGCUCACUGGUCUACAGUGGGACUGGGGAGACGAUGGUGUUGAAGCCUGGCCGAACAUGGAUGUCUCAUUAAAUGACGCCUACAGUAGCAUUAUCUUCGGAAGCGAGUUGCCAGGUGUUGAAUUUGGACCGUUUGAUAACUGGAUGGAAACCCAAAUGGGCAAACUGUUCAGCCCCCCGCAGUUUAGUACAUUCACCGGCUUUUCAGGAUGA